UGGAUCCCACAGCGUCGCACAACGGUUCCGUUGAAACCCGCGUCUACCAGCGCCGUGAAGGACCUCCACGUUUGACCGAUGGUCACCCGUGUCCACGUCGUUCCUACAGGGUCUCUGGGACGGCGGACCCCUUGGCCCGUGUCCUAGCCUCGGUUUCCUGGCCGUUGGCCGAGUUCAGUGCGCGUUGUUCUCGGCGUCGAGACCACAGAGGACCUUGAGGGUCUACCUGGCUCGUGUCUGCGAGCAUCGUCGUGCCAGGACCCGGGUAAAGUGAGAGUGCGAUGGAUUAUGGAUGCGCGGAACAGACUCUGAAGCCGCGUGACGGUACGGUGAUGGCCUUGGAGCCCCGCGAGAACCGCAGAGUUCGCUACCAGUUGGACCGUCAGCUGGACGAAUGAGUCGCCAGCUCGGGGGCACUGGUUCGUAGUGCGUCCAUAGUGAGAAAAGACUGUUCGCGGGCCAGGAUGGGGCACCAGCUCGAAAAACCUUGCGGUGAUCGGUUAUGAGCACGGCUGAACAGUAUCCGUCGGUAAGGAACCGAGGGAACAGUACUCGGUGCUCGUAGCGAGUUUAACAGUGCAUCGAACAAGCUGAUUCGUGAUAACAUGGAAAUCGAAUGCAAAGGAUACGUCGUUAACGUCGGCUGACGAUCGCCAGGUGUCCUUUUCGAAGAUGACAAUCCCCCCAGGGGGCUCCAAGCGGAAGGAAUCCGUUAGGUAGGCACACCAGAAGCACCUAAAUCGUAGAGGAGAAUCCUCGACUGUCGCCAUGGAGAGAUCGAGACCAAAUCAGGCCUAACUUCUCCUCCACCGAUCCACUCGGUAGCCCACAUUGCGCGAGAAGGAAACGAGGAAUCGAAAGAGAGACAUGUCGAGCACGCCACCGGAGUCGUCCAUCGGUUUGGACCCCGUCGAUCUCCACGAGAUCAGGCAGAAUCAUCUGCAGUCGAGGCUGGAGUCCUCGGACUCGGAGAAACGGGAGCAGAUACGAGGAAGUGACGGCAACAACCCCGACAGCGAUUGCGAGAGCGACACCAGCGAGGUGUUGAGCGUCGGCAGCGAACCGACGCCUACCAGCGUCGUAGGAAUCCGUGGCUGCGGUUUGGUCAGGUACGAUCAGGAGUCCGCGAGCAGCCGCUGCGACUUUCGCGACGAGGAGAACACGAGGACAUCGGCGACACCCUCGCCGACCAGCUCGACAAGCUGCAACGAUGCGUUCUACCAGCGAACGACCAACCACAUCCAGGCGCCUAGUCCGCCAGGGUACAGUCAACCUCCGUCGUCGCCAACGGCCUCCUCUGUCAGGUCACCGGCGUCGUCGUCGGCCACUGCCUCGUCCCCGGGUCGCCCUGAAGCCAUCCAAGACGUCAUAGUGCCGAGGUACCAGUCCAGCCACCACCAGCACUUGCUACCUCGAUACUCAUCCAGGGAGUCGGAGAUUCCCGAUUACCCAACACGAGUCCCACACAGUUUGACCCACGAGAUCGUCUACCCGACCGUAGAGAGGUUGCACAGGACCCCUAUCAGCGUUCCCCUGGUCACCAGGCUUUCGUUGUCACCACCGUCGGCCAUGACGGUCACCGGCCUUCAAGCGACAACCCCUGUCCUGCAUCCCACAGUCUGCAGGGACCCCAGAGAAACCGCGUCGCUGAUGCCGCAUCCUGCUCAGCACUUGCAUCACCCCAACAGCCACGUUCACCUUCACCAGACGUCCCAGGUGCAGCACGUACCCGCGAAUUCGGUGCACACGCAUCGACUCUCGGUGAGCAAGAUCCUCCAGAGAGACUCCAGCAGCCCUGCCUCCCCUGGAGCGAGAGAGGAGAGCGGGAGAACGAUGCCUGGCGUACACAACGGUGUACAGAACAACGGCGUCAGCAACAAUCAUCACAACAACCACAACAAUAACAAUCUGCAGCAUCAGGCUGGCCUAAAGUUCAGCAUAGACAAUAUCCUCAAGGCUGACUUUGGCAGGAGGAUCACCGAUCCCAUCUCAUUGAAGAAGUCCAGACCCAAGAAGGUUUCUUCGAGACCCAUCGAUCUCACAAAAGACUUUCUCGAGUCGUCCUCCGAGACGUCGGAGAAGAGCAGCUCGGAGACGAGCUCCACGACCAACACCUCGCCCGGUAGUGUCACCACUGGGAAUUCGACUUCCAACACGACGGGGCCACCGUCGAGCGACCCCGGGAUGCAGCUGGCCUGGCCUGCAUGGGUCUACUGCACCAGAUACUCGGAUCGACCUUCCUCUGGACGAAGUAAGUAACGACCGACAACAGUUAGAGGCCGUAGAAUCGAGAGAGAGAGAAAGAGCUAGGCCAGACUAAUGACGAUAUGGCAUCAGAGAACGUGAGCUUUUCCGAGGCCAUUAUUACUUGCCCUUUCUGUGGAAUCAU